GCUCGUGCCAAUAGCUUUUAUAUUAAGAGAUAACACUUACAAAUCUAAGUGCUAUCUCUCUUCUUCUUCCUCCUAAAAACCCUUAACAACUUAUAUAUAUACCAAAAGAAAAUCAUGAGUCUCUUCAACACUGAAAACACAUGGGCCUUUGUCUUUGGCUUGCUCGGAAAUCUCAUCUCCUUCGCCGUGUUCCUCUCUCCUGUGCCAACGUUUUAUAGGAUUUGGAAGAAGAAGACAACAGAAGGGUUUCAAUCUAUUCCUUAUGUUGUGGCGCUCUUCAGUGCGACGCUUUGGCUUUACUAUGCGACACAGAAGAAAGAUGUCUUCCUCCUCGUAACCAUUAACGCCUUUGGAUGCUUCAUCGAAACCAUCUACAUCGCUAUGUUCCUUGCCUACGCUACCAAGCCAGCCCGGAUGUUGACAGUGAAGAUGUUACUUCUUAUGAACUUUGGAGGAUUCUGUGCGAUUCUCCUUCUUUGCCAAUUCUUGGUAAAAGGAGCCACACGUGCUAAGAUAAUCGGAGGAAUCUGUGUCGGAUUCUCUGUUUGUGUUUUCGCUGCUCCUCUAAGCAUAAUCAGGACGGUAAUAAAGACAAGAAGUGUCGAGUACAUGCCCUUUAGCCUAUCCUUAACCCUUACCAUCAGUGCUGUCAUAUGGCUCCUUUAUGGUCUUGCUCUCAAGGACGUCUAUGUUGCUUUCCCGAAUGUGAUUGGUUUUGCUCUCGGUGCACUCCAAAUGAUACUCUACGUUGUCUACAAAUACUGUAAAACGUCGCCGCAUCUAGGAGAAAAAGAAGUCGAAGCUGCUAAGUUACCGGAGGUGAGCCUCGAUAUGCUGAAGCUAGGCACAGUUUCAUCCCCUGAGCCAAUCUCAGUCGUUCGUCAAGGAAACAAGUGUACCUGCGGCAAUGAUCGAAGGGCUGAGAUUGAAGAUGGACAAACCCCGAAGCAAUCCUCUUCUGCAGCAGCUACAUGAAUAAAAAUACGUUGACCAUGCAAUGUUGACUUUACCCCAACUUGAUAUACCAACCACCACGUGUACCCCGUUACGCUGUCAUAUUUUUCUGAGUUUACCAAGUGUGCGAAGUAGAGAAUUAAUUACCGGAACAUAUGUAAGCAUUUUCGGAUGUGAUAUAUGUUUUUCUGGAGUUAAUUUCACUACUUCUUUUUAAAUUUUAUGUAAUUAUCUAUUGGGGAUAAUGUAUAUUUCCUAUUUUGUGAUUUAACUAAAACUAUUUAAAAUAU